GCUUUACACCUCAGUUGUACACCUUCCUCGCAGCACGAAAGAGGUGGUCAAAUUUUGCUGCUCCUUCUCUUAACUAUUUCUACUCCCCCCUUUCAACUGCUAACUGUAUGUUUGUUGGCGAAUACUGAUAGCUUUUAAUUGCUUCCCUCCAGCGAUUUUAGCUUUCCUGUUGGAACAAUAUAAGGACAAUAUCUUGAGAUUAGAGACAAAUAAAGGGAGAGUUCAAGAUAAACAGACGACCACCUGUGGAUCAGCUGGAGACGAGGACGGUAUGUGCCGUCAGCUGUGCUUCAAGUAAGAAAGCAAACGCAAGUCGACCCUUCAAGACAUUGAUCGGAGUUCGAUUUCACACGCCAAGGCCACACAACACGUUACCUGUCUUCAAGGUCAUGGUGUGAAGACGCUAAUAUGCCAGACAAACACACGCGCGACGCUCUCGCUCCGCUAACACACCAGGAAAUAGGGAGAGACCAAAGUUUACAAAUGGUGAAUUGUUGUGGCCACGGGGAACGGAAGCAGCAGCAGCAGCAGCCCGGGGCGGAGAAACAGAGGCAAGGAACAGGUCGUGCCGGCCAGGUGUCCUUCAUAAUCGACGGGUUGUACCUGUCAGGGGCGCGGGCUGUAAGACAGGCACGGCUGACGGAGCUUGGGGUGACGUGCGUAGUGAACAGUACGGUAGAAUUGCCCACGGUGCCCCUGGAUGGUGUGGAGGUCGUGCCUGUCAGGGUUUCCGACGCCCCUGACUCUGAUCUUGCUGUCCACUUCGAUUCCAUCAGCGACAAGAUACAAGAUGUGCGAGGGCGUGGUGGGCGUGUGUUGGUGCACUGCGUCGCGGGCGUGAGUCGUUCUCCCGCCCUUGUAUUAGCGUAUCUGGUCAAAUACGCCGACAUGAGCUUGCGUCAAGCGUUCUUCCACGUGAGAAGUGCGCGUCCUAACAUACGCCCGAACGCUGGGUUCUUCUCCCAGCUUAUUGACUUUGAGGAACGUGUCCGGGGCUCGACGAGUGUGACCUUGGUGAAAGUCUCGAACUUGGGUCUCACCGUUCCUGACGUGUGUGAGGACGAGCUGAAGGUGCUGCGUGACACCAGGUGGGCACGCAUGAUCCGCGAACGACGCAACUUCGAAAGGUUAUAUGCGUAGUUCUUGGAUUCAGGCUGAAUUCACUACGACUUUGAUCUCAGAACACUGUAGUCCUUAGCUGCAUCUCUUCUCAUAAUGUUUAUAAUAAUUUUCAUCCACUCUGGUUGACCCAGAACUUCUGGAAAAGGUUUCUUAAACUAGAUUCUCUGAUUCAUUAACAUAUCUCUCUCAUAUCGACCAAGCUAUUAAUUUUAGUAGCGAGUUGUUCUGUCGGUUCUGCUUGAGAACCAGGAUGAACUGAGCCAAAGUUGUUAACGGUGGGUGGAACUAAUGUAAGGGACUUUGUUAUGCCGUUUGUGUAUACAUAGCUGACUUGGGGAAAAGAAAGUGGUAUCACUUUGUAUUCUGAAUCAAUAGUUACAAGUUUUGGAGUGAAAUUAAUGAACUUAACGGAAGACUCAAAAGAGGUGCUUAUGGCCGUGCUUGUAAACAUGGCAAUAGAACACUACAAAUUAUAUACAUCGGUUAAUUAUGAUAUUUGCAAGCGUUAUGCUAAAAUAUAUCCUGUAAUAGUUUGGCCUCCAGUGGCUCAACUAUUAUAUGUUCACAGCAAACGCUAUUCUUAUUUAGUGGUGUGGUAUACUGAUGCGUCAGGGUCAGCCAUCGUCGUGACGUAACACAGCUUCACGUGACGUAACACAGCUUCAUAUGACGAAGCAUUGGCUAUUGUUAGCUCCAGUCAUGUUUGGGAAGGUAGAUGGGGACAGCCUCCUUGUGCCUGAUAAACACAUCAUUGAACUCUAGUAAACACAUUUCUUUGUAGAUCCUUGGCAGUUACUUUUACUCUUAGGGCGCAAGUAAACACAUUUGCUCUUUGUACCCAGGAUCAUUUACGUGUUUACUUACGAAACAUGUACAUCUUUCCUCAAUCGUGGCGGCUUAGUCUGUAUUUAUUAAACAGUUUAGUAGGAGCUUUGAAACCUCUCAACCCAAGGUUAUUAUUGAUAUGGAGAACCUCGUAGCAUUUAGCUCAUAAAUUGUUUAACAAAUGUAAACAAAGCCGCAAUGAUUGCGGAAAAAUGUAUGCUUAGUAAGUAGAUAUUCAUGAGAUUGAUGAGUCCUCUCCCGAGUAACUAUAGUUAAUUCUAGUACCCAGUUUAACGUUUCUAAACAUUAUACAGGCAAACAUAGCGCCUCGUUGAAGCAAAGUUGAACAGCCAUUUUUUCCCUACUAAGAAAUGCAUUUCGUGGGUCUAAUUUUGAAAGGGUUCAGAGCUUGAUCGUCGGUCCUGAUGCUGAUGGAUUGUGUCUUAAGGUUUACAUACACCAGCGUAUGUACCAUAAUGUAAACAAAGAGAGGAAAGCUUGUAGCCACGCUGACUGGACUCGUCAAAACUCUUAUCAGUCCAUUUAUCACUUGUGUGUUAUUAGUAUGUAUGUACAUAUAUAUAAAUUUUAGUGACGGAGCUGUGAAUUAUAGAUGACCAAUGAAUGUUUUAUUUCUCAAACUAAAACUUGUAGUUUCACUGUGGAUAGAAAGGUGUUUUUGCCACAUUAUCCCUGUUGCAUGUACAUCCCUGCGGCAUCCACACUCGAAUUACUUUUGUUGCUACAACAACAGCUAAAAUACAUCUACUUUAUAACUCUAUACCCUUGCUGCAUUCACUCAUUGGCUUCUUUACGCCCACACCUCACUAAAUUGUAAUGUUACCAAUAAAGACAAAAUGAGUCUCUGUAUUCAACACACUGAUGAGUAAGAAGGUAGAAAUUCAUAGUUCCAGAAAGCACUUAGUUCUCAUCAACAGGGGUGAUGAAUAAGUAACAUUUCCGAGAUUUUCGGCUUGAGUAAAUAGUGGUGCGGUCUUAGUCUUUUCCUGUUAUCAUGUCAUUUUUUGUCUCGUUAUUGAAGCUUCCGUGCCAUAGUGUUUUGUUAUGUGGCUAGCGAGGAAUGUGAGCAAUUUGCAUCUCAUUAUGGUUUAAUAUUUUUACGUUGGAUUAUCUGAAGAUGAAGUCUUUCAUGGGAAUUAUUUUUUAAAGUUUUCGAUCAAAUAUUUGCUUUAUUUAGUAUCUUUUAUAUCAUUUUUAAUUUUCUAUGUCUCCGUCUUUCUCACUCUCCCUCCAUUUAAUUCCCUCGUUUACAUUAAUUAUUAUUUAAUUUCCUUUCAUUUCUUUCCAUUUUCCUCAUUUAAUUAAAUUCCUAACCGGUAUUUCUUCAUUUAUCCAUAUAUAUAUAUUUACGUCGUUCCUUCGUCUCUCCCUUCUCUACAUCUCUCCAUCUUUUCCUCUCCAAGUUUCCCUUCCUACCACAACCAUUCAUCACCCGUUAUCAUACAUUGCCCCUUAACCAUACAAGUCGCCCCUUGGACAGUGCUCGUCCAUGUACUCAUCAUUGUUGAGUCUGAUGCCAGUCGCUGGUCGUUGGCAUUAGUUGUUAAGAAUUCUGUACAGUAUUUUUGUAAUACUAUGAAAUAAAAUAUAUUAACAUA